ACCUCUUGAGUCAUGAUUUUUUGUUAUUACUUUCUUCAGUAUUCUCAAAAGUUGGUUUAUAUUUCAUAGUUUUACAAGGUUUUUAAAAUCUUGAUUCUUGACUAACGGGUUUUAUCUAGUUUUUUCAACCUUCACUAUGUACUUGUUUGUUUGUUAACAAUUUUAACAACUAUUAUUAGUUAACAUUAUUUAUUAAUGUAUAACAUUAUUAGUAAUCAUUAUAAGAUUUAAAAGUGUAUAUACGAUUUAAUAUAAAAUGUUUACCGAUUAUAUAUUUACACCUAAGCUAUACAAAGUAUAUACAGGAAUUCGAAGAAAUGAUGACUAUGUUCAAUUAUGGCAAGAAAAAAUAGCAGACAAAAUAUUAAUGACUACUUAUAUUGUUACACAAGUAGCCACUUAUCUUUCUCCUGCAUUAUUAUAUAUGUAUGGUAAAUGGCUGUUAAGUCCAGAAUUUGUAAAUAAACUAUUUUUUCGAGGAUCAAUAUUAGGUAUAACUUUGAUGACAACAUUAAUUUUAAGAAGUUAUGGAAGAGCUAUAAAUCCAAAGUAUCAAGCAUUUUAUAAUGAUCUUCUUAGUGCUAAAUUGGAUUAUUCAACUGAUAAUAAGAAAAAAUUGCACAGCUACGAUUUUGAUUUUUCAGCAUGGCCUAUAGACUUUUCAUGGACUCCUGCUGAAGAAAAAAGUUACAAAUCAAAUUUAAUAAGCAAUAAUUUUAAGAUGUCAUUAAAACUUCUAAGUAGCCCUAGCCGUCUUAUUGGUUUUAUAGCAUUGCAUACUUUUGGGAUAUCAUUAAUUUAUCCUGGUUCUACUUCACUUUUAUUCUAUUUAAUGGAUCAGAACUUACAGAAAGGAAGACGUGCUUUAAUUACUUCAUUUGGAGGUGUACGAUAUAAAUUAAAAACUAUUGAUGGAAAUUUUGUUGACUCAAUGUUUAUAGACAAAAGACAUUCAAAUAUAAAUUCUUUGAAUCCAAAAUUAAUUAUUUGUACUGAAGGAAAUGCUGGGUUCUAUGAAGCGGGAAUUAUGAGCUCAGCUAUUGAAACUCAUCAUUCUGUUUUGGGAUGGAAUCAUCCUGGAUUUGGAUACAGUACUGGUGUACCAUAUAUAGAACAAGAACAAAAUGCUGCUGAAACUGUAAUAGAAUUCGCUAUAAAGCAUUUAAAAUUUAGUCCGAAAAGUAUUAUAUUAUACGGUUGGAGUAUAGGUGGUUUUGCUUCCACCUAUUUAGCUAAAAAGUUUCCUGACGUACAUGCUGUGAUACUGGAUGCUACAUUUGAUGAUCUGGCACCAUUAGCAAUUCCACGAAUGCCUGGCUUUGCUGAGAAACUAGUAGAUUUUACUGUAAAAGAAUUUACAAACUUGAAUGUGGCUGAAAAUUUAGUUCAAUAUCCAGGGCCAGUUCUAUUAAUUCGACGAUCCAGUGAUGAAAUCAUUGCACUUGAUCCUCAAAAUGUAGCUACAAAUCGAGCAAAUUACCUUCUAGAACUUUUAUUAGAAAGAAGAUUUCCAAAACUCUUUUCUAAUGAAUCUCGGUCAGCUCUUUGGGUUUGGCUAUCCACAUCUGGUGAACAACAAAAGCAAGUUCAUUUACAAUAUGAUGUUGAUUUAAACAAUCAAUCAAAACUAUUUCCAUCAUCCAAUAAAAAUUAUCCAUUAAAUCUUGGUGAUGGUUGGAAAGAUCAAGAAAAAAUAAAAAUGUUACUAUACUUAGCUGAUUAUUACAUGAAAGACUAUAAUUCCACACAUUGCACUCCAUUACCAACACGUUAUUUGGGAUUUAUAAUAUAAAUAUGAUACAUGUAUAUGUUUUUUAAAGUAUCUUAUUUUAAUUUAAUAAGUUGGUUUAAUAUUUCAGUCAUAAUUUUUUAAUAUUAAAAUAAAGUCUUAUUAGUAAUUUAUUGUAAAAUAAGGUUUUAUUUCUGUAUGUCUAUUAUUAUGAAAUGUUAUUGGUGAGUUUAAAUAAUACAAUUUUAAUCGGUUCUUUGGUUGUAUUUAUUUUUAAGGGUGCUAUCACAAGUAUUUUCUCUUUUAUCAAUUCCCCCCCCCCCCCCCUAUGAACCUGAGAGUAUGGGACCUGUGCAUUUGUCAGAUAUACUACACAUAAUUUUAAAAAUAGUCCAUUUAAAAUUAGAUUGCAGCUGAUCACACGAUCUUCCCAGGUGAAACACCUAUAGCUUUUACUUCUAAGUUAAGUUCUUGUAAUAAUAAUAAUAUCAAUGUAUUAUUUUUCAUGAUUAACUAAUAAUAUGUUUAUUAAACAAGUAGAUGAGAUAAAAUAUAAAGAUUAGUAUAAUGUACUAUUAUAGUUUACAAUUUUAUUUCAUGUCUUCUUAACUUAAAUUAUUGGCCCUUUAGUAUUUCAGUACAAAUAAUCAUAAAAUUAUGGUUAAAUAUAAAUUUAAAAAUUAAUGUCAUUGUUUUUGUAAUAAUAUUUAAGUUAAAUAAAAUUGUAUAUUAAAUAAUAAUGAUGAUAUAAGACUAGAAUAAUUUCUAUCGGUUUAUUAAUUAAAAGUAAUUAGAUUAUGUGAAUUAAUAUAUUAUAUAAUAGAUUAACAGACAUUUAUCCCAUACAGCUACUACAUGUUGACGGAGGAGCUGGAGCAGAUGUACUAGGACCAAAUCCACCAAAACGACGUUGAGGUCUCACCGUUCUAUGAAAAUAUAAAUUGUGCAUAUAUUUUAGUAAACUAUAGAAAUGUUAAUAUUUUUUUUUUUAAAUAUUAAUACAUUGAUAUAAAUAGAAAUUUAUUUUAAAGUUUUUUAAUAAAAAUCUAAUUAAAACAAAACUUUUCUUACCCAUUUGAAGAUCCAGGUCGCCUAUAAGUAACUGUAUAUUGAUUACCCCAUCUAGUUGAGUUAGGCCUUACUAAACUUUGAACA